AUGUCAGGAGUUUCAAAAAAUCCAGAUCCUAUACACCAAAAUAAUUUCAAGCAUUUAGCAGGUCUUAAUAAGCUUACUUACAAUAGAGUUAAAGAAUUGAAAAUCCGGUUUUCAAAUGGCCCUAAUAAGCACCUUUCUCGUGGUCAGUAUCGUUUACGUCCAGAUUGCAUACCGCCAUUCGACGAGUGGGCUUCAUUUACAGAACAUCCCCCAUCCCCACAACCAUAUUGGCCUAAUCAACAACAACAUCAGCGAGGGAAUUCACAGCAGUCGAUAAAUCACCAACAAGGGACCAACCAACAGGCUGGACAUCAUCAGCGAGGACCGGUAUUUAAUUCUCAGCAAAAAUCCCUUCAGCAAUCACAGCAAAAAAGUACGCAACAACAGCCUGUCCCUAAUCCUAACAAUGCCACAACAAAUGGCCAAACUUCCGCGCCAGAGAAGAAAGUCGACUUAUCUCUUGCUAACAUGCUUUUAAGCCUUGGAAUUAAUAAUAAGAAGUUUUUACACGAUAAAGAACUAAAGGCGCUUGAAGAACAAGGUCGUCUAUCAAAAGGGGAAGAGAAAGGUCGGCCACCAAAGAAAAAUGGUGACACGAAUUCUACUGCGGCAAGGAGGACUCAUCCGCCAUCGAGUCAACGACAACGAAGACACGAAGAAGUUCAAAAGGCUCCUCAAGUAACAACUACAGGUGUUGCUACAAAAACAACAGGAAAACAACCUGCAACAAAAAAACUUACUCCAGAGGGCGUCGUACUCCCUUCUUCAGUUUCGGGCUGCGCUUUAUCAUUGACUAAAUGCCAAAAUUUGCUCGAAACGUACGAAAACAUCAGAAAAGGAAGAAAAAAGCUCACCCUCCCCAAGGAGGAUGAUGUUAAAAAGCUUACCCAUAAGAGGAAUAAAGACAAAGAAGUCGCUAUGAAACGUCCACAAAAGCGCCCUGCUCUUAAGGGAAGAGGUAAAGAUAAAGUCGCGGAUUUGGACGAGAAUGUCGAGACGAGUAGUGUAAAGGAGCCAGCACGACCAGAGCAAUUCAUUGUUACUUUGAAACGCGGUUCAAAACGUAGCCGUGAUGAUGAUGACGCCGCGUCUUCAAAACCAAUGACGCCAAAGAAAAGGAAGAUAGAGGGUAAUGUGACCGUUCAAACCGGAGUGGAUCAAUAUGUACAAGCCACAGUGGAGACGAACAAUCAAGAGGUUCAAACUGAUCCUCUCCCCCCUCCUCCUCAAGUUAUUUCGGUCGGAGUGCAAACAGAUAAUGGUUUUUCUUCUAUAAAUGCUUCCUCAUCCAGCACGAUCUCGACCUCGGCAGAUAAUGAUAAAAUAAUGAGAAUGGCUAGCGAAGCUCACAAACGUUACGAAGAUCUAUUUAAAAAAGCAACGAACGUAAAACGUCGUGGAGAUCAGAAUCAUUCAAACUUCGUGAGCGACUAUGCUGAGGCAGCGUGUUAUUACGCCGAAGCAUUCUACGAACAAUUAAUCGCUGCAUCGCUAGGACAUGAUGAGAAUGUUGUAAAUCCGGCCGCGUUUAUGAACCAUGUCAUUAAUAAAUUCGAUAAGGACAAGAAGAUCCAAGCAGCUUUCUGUGGAUUAAAGGCCCUGAUAAUAAGAAGAUUUUUUAUUUUUGAGGAUAAAAGGGUUCGUCCCUUGUUAAAAGAUACCAUUUUACGUUAUAAUGAACUAAUCGAGACGACCGGAAGAUUAUCAGAGCAAACUUUGACAUAUAAACGCGACCAUUAUAACAAAACUCUUAGUGAAUCGAAUAAAGUAGAAGAAAUGAUAAGUGAAUUCACAAAGUAUUGGGAUAGAGCAACAAAAACGUAUAAGCAACUUGGAUUUGGUUUAGAUUCCGAUAUUAAAGUUGCUGUUGACUACGUUAGAAGUUUGUUAAAAGAAUGGAGCAAAGAUAAUGACUCUAAAAGCAGAGAGGCAAAGAAAAGCACAUCACAAACAAAAUCAAGAUCAACUAGAUAUUAA